AUGGGGAUGACGAUUUUGGAGCAGAUGAUUCGAGAUAAUUGGAGCCGUUGGGAGCCCCUCGAUCCCUCCUCUGCUCCCUCCUCCGCCUUCAAGCCCAUCGACAAGUCCGCCGUCUCCGGCAACAACUUCAACUCCCGUCGCCUCCUUAUGGACCCCAAGGUCCUCUACCUCCUUGCCCCUCACCCAAAAUUCAUCUGCGUUCACAACGCCUACGAUGGCUCCUCCCACCUCCAGAUUGCCCCUCACCCAAAAUCCCUCGACCUCCAUCACGCCCUCACGUUCGCUGGCCCCCUCCGGGAGCUCAACGCCGCCCGCUCUUCCAAUCAGUGUGAGUGGCCGCAAAGAACCUGUUCGCUAAGAUUAUAUGCAACCAAGGAUUUCGAGAAGGAAGUAAAGAAAGAAAGUGAACAUGGCAUUUGA